CCUGAUUUCAUUCUUUGCCUCGCCAUUGACUCACAAUUUGCAGCGCUCGCUCUAUGCCGUUCAUAAUUUAAUAUUCCAAGUCCCUAGCCUUCCAUGGAUUACAAAAUCGUCGUCGCAGCGGUACACGCCGCGCCCGUGUUCAUGAAUAAGGCCGCUACUACCGACAAGGUUAUCAACUUGAUUGAGCAAGCGAGUAAGGAGAGCAUUGAGCUUCUAGUCUUUCCUGAGACGUUUAUUCCUGGAUAUCCGUAUUGGAUAGAGUGCUACCCGCCCCUCCAACAAGUAGGGGCUCUCGCCAAAUAUGCCGAUGAGAGCGUCGUUGUCCAAGACGGCGACGAAAUCGCACGCAUCUCGGCUGCCUGCCGCCGCACUGGUGUAGCCAUCAGCCUUGGUAUUUCAGAGCGCAUAGCUCAAGGUUACACGCUCUUCAAUUCCCAAGUCAAUAUCGAUGCAGAUGGCACCUUGCUGGGCGUGCACCGCAAGCUGCAGCCAACAUAUGUUGAACGCUCUGUUUGGGCACAAGGUGGUGGCCAUACUCUAAGAACAUACAGGCUGACAGCUUCAGGACGGCCUUUCAACCUCGGUGGUCUUUGCUGUUGGGAACAUACCAUGAACGGUGCGCGCCAAGCGCUCAUCACUCAGCAUGAACAUAUCCACGCCGGGGCUUGGCCGGCCUUGUCUACCAUGGCUGGGUUCGAAGCCGUGGCUGAUUCUCAAAUCGAGGCUUUGAUGAAGGCACAUGCCCUCACAGCUCAAGUCUUUGUCAUCACCGCGUCUAACUAUGUUGACGAUACUUGUCUCGAGUGGAUGGAGAAGAAUCUAGGCAAGCAGGAGUUUGUCAAGGCGGGCGGGGGGUGGUCAGCUGUUAUUCAUCCGUUUUGCUCAUUUCUUGCUGGGCCCCAUACUGGUGCUGAAGAGAAGCUUGUCAAGGCUGAGGUGGACCUGUCGCAGCUUGGGCAGGUCAAGGUUUGGGUUGAUGCCGCUGGCCAUUAUCAACGUCCGGAAAUCCUUAAGUUUAGCUUUGACGACCAGCCUCUGUGGGCAGAUGAAAAGUCAGCCCCUAGGAGAUCUUCACCUGUUAAGAAUAAUGCUGAAGGGGAAUCAGUGCCAGAGUUGCAUUAUUGAGACGGUUUUGUAGCACGCAUAGAGAAGCAGCUUUUAGUGAAGGAACCUUUUGGCUUUAUUCCCUAUUCUUACCUCCACAAAUGGACUUUCUCACGGGAAGAAUCGAAUGAGA